UCCUCGUUAUACGCGAACCAAGGUUACAAUCAAUCGUUAUAUUCCUAGGUGCAUGUGUUAUCCCCACGUAAGUACACUAGCAAAAUGUCGUCUGUCGAAGCUGCUAAGCCUCUGAACGUUUCUCCUCUGAUUAAAUUUUCACGAUGGAGUCUUUUAGGACUUGGUAUUCUUUAUGGAGCAUUUUACCAAAAACGCUUUAGUAAAAAAGAAGCUGCUCUUCGCGAGGAAGAGCUUAGACAAAAACCUAUUAGAGAUGCUCAGAAAGCGGAAGAAAGGAAACGUCAGAUGGAAGCUGAACGACUAAUGAUACUGGAAUGGGAAGGAAAGAAAUAAAAAAUAACUUGAUCGUUAGUAUACACGCGUAUUAAUAAAAAUUUAAUAUCAAGUUAUUUUUUGAACAAAAGAUCCAUCAUUCAAGUUUUUGUUUCAACUCAAGGAUAGCUAGUUAAAUAUCAAAUUUUCUUUGUAUAUAUAUACAUUAAAUAAAGUGAUUUAUGACACAUUAAA